AUGGAAGAGUUUCAUAGAAGUUUUUGUGAGUACAUGGAGAAAGAGCAUCCUGGACAUUGGCUAGAUACGAUCUUGUAUGGGGAUAUAAAUAAUAGGAAUAUUAUCAUUAAUGAAGCUUUGGAAGAGAUUUGGAGCCAGGAAAUAUAUGAUAGUAUGCCACUAUUAUUGAGUAAUAAUAAUAAUAAUAAUAAUAAUAAUAAUAAUAAUAAUAAUAAUAAUAAUAAUAAUAAUAAUAAUAAUAAUAAUAAUAAUAAUAGUAAUAAUAAUAAUAAUAAUAAUAAUCAUAUUAAUAAUAAUAAUAUUAAUAAUAAUAAUCAUAAUAAUAAUAAUAAUUCUAAAAUUGGUAAAGUGAAUGUUGAUGUUGGUGAAUUUUGUUUUGACAAAUACUAUAAAUAUUUAAACAAUUUUGAAGAAUCAAAAAUAAAUAUAUCAAUAGUUAAACAGAUUGUUUUAAAAUUUAAAAAAUUCUAUACAAAUAAAUUAGAAUUUUAUAAAUGGGAAAGUUAUAUAGCUUGUAGAUACCCAAAAUAUUUUUCAUAUUUUUAUAAAACACCUCAAAUUAAUGAUAUUAUUGAUACAGUUGUAACAGAUUUACUUUCAAAACCAAUGUUAAAAGUUUUACAUGUGCAGAAUUAUCAAAUAAAAUUUUUAAAAUUGUUAUCAAAAAUCAUAUGCAACAAAAACUCAACAUUAUCAACAACACCACCACAAUGGAAUUCUGAUAAAUUCUUUAAAUCAUUAUUUCCUGAUGCAUUCUUUAGAGCAUUGUUUCAUUCUAAUCAGGUACUUUUUAAACCAACUAAAACUGAAUACAUUUUCAAAAUGGUUGAAGCUUCAACAUCUUUAUCAACAAAUAAUAUUAAAUCAUUAUAUGAUGCAGCUUUUCAAUUUUCAUUAAAAUCAUCAUCAUCACAUUUCACAUCCGCUGUAUCAACUUUUUCACCAUCUUUAUCACCAAUAUCAACUUUAUUUCAAUCACAUAAAUCCUUAUCAGAAUUAUUUGAAUCUAUAUAUCAAUAA